GAAACACAGUUAUUUCUUUACUUCCACAAUGUUACUAGUUCUAAUUUUGAUCAGUAUAGUUUUCAUUUUUAUUUAUCUAAAUGGAAAAUACAACGAAAACUAUUGGACAAAACGUGGCGUUACGUUUCACAAGAAAAAUAAAGUUAUGGGUGUCUUCUGGGAUUUCCUGACCAAGCCCCGAUCGUUUUUCGAACACCUCUACGAUGUGUAUAAAGAGUAUCCAAACGAACCUGCAGUGGGUAUAGGCUCUUUCUUUACCCCAUGUUUGUACGUGCGAGAUCCUCUUAAUAUUCAGCAUGUCUUAGCAUCAGAUUUCAAUUCGUUCUACCACAGAGGAAUUGAGCCAAACGAAGGUGAUGUGCUAGCAGAGACAGUUUUGUUUUUGAAUGGGAAAAAAUGGAAAUUGGUACGACAGAGCAUGACGCCAUUGUUCACAUCGACGAAACUUAAAAGUAUGUACUACAUAAUAGAUAAGAGUGCGCAGGACUUUAUAUCGUAUUUGAACGAGAAUCCCAAAUUGCUGCAAAAAGACUCAUUUGCAACACUUUCGAUGUUCUGCAGUGCAGCGAUUGGUGCAGCAGUUUUCGGUGUUACAACAAAGUCUAUCUUCGACUCUCCUUUUCUUAAAGUAGCUCGCAGUGCACUUCAACCUACUCUUCAGCGCAACGCUAAAUUCGCUAUUUCUAACUUAUCACCUGGAUUAUUCAAAUUCCUGAAUAUUAAAUUCUUUAAAGAAUAUGAAGAUUUUUUUAUAAGCGCAAUUAAGAAGGUCGUUAGACAGAGAGAAAGUGAGGAUGUUAAGAGACACGAUUUUGCAGACAUCUGCGUCUCCUUGCAAAGCGGUGGGAAACUUAAAGAUCCAGAAACUGGGUACGAGUUGGACCCGACAGACGAGCUUCUAGCAGCCCAGGCGUUCUUCUUCUUCAUUGCAGGCGUUGAGCCUACGGCCUCUGCAAUUUUUGCUGCAUUAGUUGAGCUAGGAAAAUAUUCGGAAAUACAACGGAAACUUCACGAAGAAAUAGAUCAAACUUUUGAAGAAAAUGGUGGCAAAAUGACAUACGAUAUUGUGGUAAAUAUGAAAUAUCUAGAUAUGGUGAUGAAUGAAGCCAUGCGAAUGCAUCCUCCUAUAGGUUUCCUAACGCGGAAAUGCACUAAAGACACAGUACUGCCAAACGGAAACAUUAAAGUCGAAAAGGGAACAAAGAUUCUGACAGCAAUAUAUGAGCUCCAUCACGACCCAAAGUACUACCCAGAUCCAGAGGUUUUCGACCCAGAAAGGUUUUCACGUGAUAACAAAAACUCCACAAUAGACAUGACUUAUAUGCCUUUUGGUAAAGGGGGUAGAAUUUGUGUGGGAAUGAGGUACGCCCAAUUGCAGGCGAAAUCUGGGGUACUUUAUUUAUUACGUCAUUUCUCUCUUAAAACUAUAACGUAUCAAGGAAAAAGCACGUAUAGUAAAGAGCAAGUACAAGUAAGACUAAACAAUGUUGAUGUGGAAUUCACCCCUAGACAUGUUAGUCGAAUUGAGUAUUUGCAAAAACUAAAGAAGAUCUCAAAAAAGAUUGGUUGUAUUCCACCACACUCGGUGGCGUGCACAAGGUAUUCGGCCAGAAAAAUGUUGCUCGUUUUACUCUUUAUUAUAGUUGCAGUGCUAACUUUAAUUUACAUAAACGGACGAUACAAUGAAAGUUAUUGGAGGAGACGUGGUGUAACUUUCCACAAGAAAAACAAAGUUACUGGAGUGUUUUGGGAAUUCAUGACAAAACGUCGAGCGUUAUUUGAACAUCUAUGCGAUAUUUACAAAAAGUAUCCCGACGAACCCGCAGUUGGUAUUGGAUCUUUCUUCACACCAUCGCUAUAUGUACGAGACCCUGUAAAUAUUCAGCACGUUUUAACAACUGACUUUAAUUCCUUCAAUCAUAGAGGUCUCGAGCCUAAUGAAGACGAUGUGCUAGCUGGUAGCAUUUUGUUUUUGAACGGCAACAAAUGGAAAUUGCUUCGACAAAGCAUGACCCCACUCUUCACGUCAACAAAACUGAAGAGCAUGUACUAUCUCAUGGAUAAAAGCGCCCAAGAAUUUGUUAAUCACCUCAAGGAAAACCCGAAGUUAUUGAAUGGUGAUACAUUCCAUACACUGUCAACAUUUUGCAGUGCUGCUAUCGGUACUUCUAUAUUCGGAGUUACUACCAAAUCUAUCUUUGAAUCCCCGUUCCUAGAUGUUGCUAGGAAAGCAAUGAAUACUGGAUUGAUACGCAAUAUUAAAUUCACUAUUGGCAAUUUAAGUGCUUCUCUAUUCAGAAUGCUGAAUAUCCAAAUAUUCAAAGAGUUUGAAAACUUUUUCAUCACUGCAAUUAAGCAGGUUAUUAAGCAACGCAAGCUUGAGAAUAUAAAGAAGAAUGACUUCGCAGACAUCUGUGUAGCGUUACAAAAUAAUGGAAACUUGAAAGAUACUAAUACUGGAUUUGAAUUGGAGCCAACUGACGAGUUACUUUCCGCUCAAGCAUUCUUCUUUCUGAUCGCGGGUGUUGAGCCAACAGCUUCCGCAAUGUUUGCUACGUUGAUGGAAGUAGGACGAUACCCAGAAGUUCAGGAACGCCUUCAAGAAGAAAUCGACGAAGCAUUCGACAAAAACGGCAAAGAUAUUUCAUACGACGUUGUUGCCAAUAUGAACUAUCUAGAUAAAGUGAUGUGCGAAGCUAUGAGGCUGAAUCCUCCUAUUGGUUUCCUAUCAAGGAAAUGUAUUAAAAAUACUAUUCUACCCACUGGAAAUAUUAAGGUUGAUAAAGGCACUAAUAUAACAGUACCGGUCUAUGAACUUCAUCACGAUCCAAAAUAUCACCGGGAUCCGGAAACAUUUAAUCCAGAACGGUUUUCAGCUGAAAAUAAGAAAUCUAUGUUGGACAUAACUUACAUGCCGUUUGGUAAGGGCAACAGAAAUUGUGUGGGUAUGAGAUUCGCACAGUUGCAAGCAAAAUCUGGUCUUGUUCAUUUACUACGAAACUUUUCCAUUAAUACAAACGUACUAAAGGGUGGUGUUAAAUAUCGCAAAGAUCAAUUUCAAGUAAGAAUAACUAAUGUAGAAAUUGAACUUAUUCCUAGACGCUAAGUUUGUGCGAAAAUGUUUAUUU